AAAAAAAAAAAAAAAAAAAAAAAAAAACAAGGGGGGUGUCUGAUGCCCCCAACCAGCUCUGUCCCAGAAGGGCACAAGGAUUCUCUAGAGGAGGAGACAGGUAGGUGGUGGAGAUGACUGGGGAGCACCCGGGGCCAUGGAGCGGCCUUGGUGAGGCGGAGUGGAGGAGCCACUCAGAGGGGUGUCCUGGCUGCAGGGCCCAUCCCCCUUCCUGCCCCAGAGGAGGCUGUGGUCUGGCCCCAGCCAUGUCCCAGCACCUAGCAGAGGGCUCGUCCAGGCGGUGCUGGUUGAGUGGCUGAAUGGGAGAGGCCCGGGGCUCAGGGCCCGAGGGAGCGCGGUCCCACCCAGCGGGCCGGGGGCGGGGCAGGGCUGAGUACUCCGCCCUGCCCCGCCCCUCAAUUCCACCCUGGGAGCCCCACUCAGCCGCAGUCCCCAAGGCUGGUGCGGCGGUGCUGGCACCAUGAGGCGAGGGCCCCGGAGCCUGCGGGGCAGGGAAGCGCCGGUCCCCACGCCCUGCGUCCCGACCGAGUGCUACGACCUGCUGGUCCGUAAAUGCGUGGACUGUAGGCUCCUACGCAAAUCGCCGCCGAAAACAGCAGCUGGAGCCAGCAGCCCUGCGCCCGGGACGGCGCUGCAGCCGCAGGAGUCGGUGGGCGCGGGGGCUGGCGAGGUGGCGCUGCCCCUGCCCGGGCUGCUCUUCGGCGCCCCCGCGCUCCUGGGCCUGGUACUGGUCCUGGCGCUGGUCCUGGUGGGCCUGGUAAGCUGGAGGCGGCGACAGCAGCGGCUUCGCGGGACGGCCUCGACUGAGGCCACCGACGGAGACAAGGACGCAGCCCCAGAGCCCCUGGACAAGGUCAUCAUUUUGUCUCCAGGAACCACUGAUGCCACAGCUCCUGCCUGGCCUCCUCCUGGGGAAGACCCAGGAACCACCCCACCUGGCCACAGCAUCCCUGUGCCAGCCACAGAGCUGGGGUCCACUGAACUGGUGACCACCAAGACAGCUGGCCCUGAGCAAUAAUAGCUGGCAGGAGGUGCCUCCUGGCCUCCCUCCCAACCCCAGCCAGGGGUUUGGAAAUCAAAUUCAGCUUUUCACUCCAGCAUGCACCUGCUUUCUUUCUGGGACCAGGCUAAACCCUGCAGAAGCACAGACAGUACCGACCACAGCAUUCAGCCAGCAUGGACUUUGGUGUGCUCGCCUUUGGCUUCAGACCAUACCAUCUCUGACAGCCCUUGAAGGUGGUAGCCCAGCUCCUGUGCCUUCGAAAGGUUGGGGCGCUCUGAGUAAGAGACUUCUCUUUUAAAAUGGGGACGGCACCAUUAAGCCAAACUGAAUCUGAAAAAAGACCAAGUGGGAGGAUACUUAAUUUGUAGUAGUUGGGUGUGGUUUUUUUGUUG